UGAAGAUGGCGGCAUCGGAGGUUGUCCUUUUGCGAGAAAGAGAGCUCGGUAUGUUCUCCGAUAACUCAGAAGAUGUCCAGUUUAAUUCUAUUCCCUCCACAGUGGAGAUGGAGAAUACUGGGGUCCCCCUCAACACACCAUGGACGUUUUGGCUUGACAGGUCUGUUCCCGGUUCUACUGCUGCUGAUGUGGAGGCUAAUCUUCAGAAUAUUUAUAAAGUUUCUACAGUUGAGAGUUUCUGGGCGGUAUACAACAAUAUACCGGAUGUUGACAAGCUCGCCUACCGGUUCAGUUAUCAUCUCAUGAGGAAUGAUGUCAAGCCAAUGUGGGAGGAUCCAUUAAAUGCCAGUGGAGGUGACUGGAAGUUCAAGAUUCCAAAGGAACAGACCGGAAAAGCAUGGAAGGAGUUACUAUUAGCAACGAUAGGAGAACGGUUCUCAGAUUGCAUCUCACCAGAGGAUGAGAUAUGCGGAGUGAGUGUCAGUAUACGAAACAUGGAUGUCAACAUUCUCCAGGUCUGGAAUAAAAAAGCGGGGCUUGAUGAGAGGGAAAUUGGCAGGGUGGUGGAAAUGGUCAAAGACAUUCUACAAGGCAUCGAUAUCAAAACACACUUCUACAAAUCACAUCAACAGCAUCACGCUUUUGAGAAAAAGAAAUAAAACUGAUGCCCUCAUGGAUUGAGUACGUACAGUUACUAGCGUUUGUUCAACGUUGUGUGCUAAAUUCAUAAACAUGGAGGAUGAACCUCUACGGGAGCAUGUUUUCCCGUCCCCAGGACUUCGUCUUGAGUCUUGCCGAGUUCCUCCAUCUUAUUCCAUAGCAACAAUGGCACCUUUAAGUGAAAGUAAGUGAAAGAAGCUCCUCAGUGGAUCACAGAAAGAGCCAACAAGCAAGUGGGUGUUUU